CUGAUCCACCCCUUUGCCAGAUGGGUUCUACUUGGAUCCAGGGUUACAGCCUGGGGCGAACGUGGCGCCAAGCUUCUGGGGUGCUGCACCGCGCACCCGCCAUGGCGGGUGAUGGAGGAGACGGAGGGAGUUCCUGGUGCUCUUCGCGCACCACAACAUGUACUUCAACAUGAGGUUCCAAGAGUUGGAGGCGGUGGCGCACCUCGUGGCCAACAUCUCCCGGGCCGAGCUCUAUGUCGAGGCGCCGCCCUGCGCGCUGAGCGCUUCUCCCCUGGUACGAGUGCGGCUCAGUGAGGCGGAGGCCCGCAAGAUCUGCGAGCGCGCCGUCCUGGUGAAGGCGGUGCUGGAAGUUUGGUCCCUCGGCAGAAGUUGUGCCGAGGCGGUGGAGGCGGCCUUGGGCCAAGGCCCAGAGGCCCGCAGGCAGCGCCGGGCCUUCCUGGCGCCUCCGCUCAAGCUGCAGAUCCGCGUGGAGGCCUUCGGUCGCACCUUGACCCUCGAGGAGAAGGGGGAGACCAUGGAGAUGCUGCGGCCCCUCUUUGAGGGCGACGAGGUGGUGGACCUCAAAGCUCCGGAGACCAAUCUCUGGGUGCUGGAGGAGCACCGCCACGAGUGCGAGGAGAAGACUCACUUGGGGCCCCGGAAGAGUGUGGCGGAGCGGGUCUUCAUUGGGCGCCAGGUGGCCGGGGGCCGGAGCGUGGACAAGAAGAUCAAGGGCGGAGAGAAGGCCUACUUCCAGCGCUACGACUUGUCCCAGCGCGCGGUGCUGGGCCCCACGACCCUGGAGAACGAGCUGGCCUUCCUCAUGGCCAACUGCGCCUGCGUGCAGUCCGGGCAGAUGGGCAUGGACCCCUUCUGCGGGACGGGCGGCAUUUUAGUGGCGCUGGCGCACUUUGGGGCGCGCCUCUAUGGCGGGGAGAUCGACAUCCGGGUGGUGCGCGGAUGGCGGAUUGCCUACACCAAGAACAAGGCCGCCGUGCUGGACGCUGCGAAGAAGCGCGGCCUCGACCUCACGGAGCCGGCGGAGCCAGCGGCAGCUCCAGCGGAGACAGGCUCAACGUCCACCAGGACCGACUCCUGGAGCCUGCAGUAUCUGCUGGACAUCGGGCUGCCAGCAGAGGUGAAGAAGGUGAAGCAGGUGAACCCCAACGCGCGGGCGGAAAAGGACCAUCGCCUCACCAGCGCCGGGGGCUGCAACAUCUUCACCAACUUCGUGCAGUACGGACUGCCAUCUCCGGAGGUGGUGGUUUGUGACAACGCCAUGCCGCCCUGGCGCCCAGUGCCCGGCGGCUGGCUGGACUUCAUCGUGACGGAUCCCCCCUACGGCGUGCGCGCUGGCGCCAAGAAGCAGGGCCGGGAGGGCAAGGCGGUUGUGGUGCAGGACAUCAGCAGCUACAUCCCCUCCAAGGUCUCCUACGGGGAGGACGAGCUCUCGGAGGACUUGUUGGGCUUCGCGGCCGCCAGUCUCAAGGACCGCGGCCGCAUCGUCUUCCUGGUGCCGGUGGACCUGGCGGAUUUCCUGGGCAUCGACCGUGCGGCGGCGGAGCAGGGCGUGGAGGAUGGGUCCAGGCCCAACCUGCACGACAUCUGCCACCCCAAGUCGGGGCGGAAGAAGGAUCCCAGGCUUUGCAUCUCAGAGACCACGCGCGAUCCCUUGCUCCUGGAUGAAGCACGCUAUGUGGACUUCAUCCCGCGGCAUGCAGACCUGGAGCUUCUGGGCGCCUCGCUGCAAGUGCUGAGCGGCGGCCUGGGCCGCUUGCUGGUCACCAUGCGCCGCUUGCCGCGAUGACCGCUGCGCGGCGAUUCGCCGAGUCGCCGAGUUCCGAUUGCCGCUUGCAGCGAGAGGUCAUGAGACGACCGCCACAACGAGGAGCUUCGCACAGAUCGGCGCAACCACGCCAUCCGCCGAGCCGAAGCGGCCGAACCUGACGGACAGACCAG